CCGGAAGUGUGACGUCAGCGCACUGUAAACAUGGCGUCGAACGGACCCGUUCAGCAGCCAGGAGCGAAUGGAGAUGUAAAGAACGCGGAAACCCCCACUACUGCUGCUCAGCGUCAAGUGAAUCUCCAGAGAAUCCGAGAUCAGGCACAGCGGUUGAAAGGGGAGCUUCACGAGAAUUUGAACAAGCAUUUAGAUGAAUUGUUUGAGUCGUUCGUCGCGGAAGUUGAGCUUAUUGAACAAGGCAGUACAAGCAAUGGGUUUCCUGUCUCAUCCAAAAGCGUCAUAAUUAAGGAAGAGUCUCUUAAUAAGCACAAAAGUAGGAAAGAUGGGGAUCUUCCAGAUAAAGUGUUCGUAAAUCGUCGAUCAGUAUUAACGGAAUUGUUCGAGAUCAACCAUAUAAGAACAAUCUACCAUAUAUUUGUUGCAAUACUCGUAGUUUUUAGUCUUAAUACCAUCAUCUUCGACUGGGUGGAACAAGGCAGGCUCGUCCUUGACUUUGACCUCAUACAAUGGGGCCUUGGCAAGUUGCCCAAGGUCAUGGCGUUGUGGGUGUGCAUGAAGUUGAGUACGCUGCUGGUGGUGUACCCCGCCUUCUACUACUGGUCAAACAAUCGAGUCCCUGGCAAACCACGUUUGAUGGACUACAUUUGGCUGGUGUUGUACAUCCUGUACGAGUGCCUGUUCCUGGUGUUGCCGAUCAAAUACGUCACAGAGAAUGAACUGCCACCUGCAUCAACCCUCAUUAUCGCCUGUGAACAGCUACGCCUAUGCAUGAAGACCCACGCCUUUGUCCGUACCAAUAUGGUACGAUUACUGAACCACAAGAAAGAUGACAGCAAGGAUUCUGAAGGGGACGAGAUGCCGACAAGUGAUAGUCGGUGCCCGGGUUUCUCCAAGUAUCUGUACUUCCUGUUUGCCCCCACCCUCAUCUACAGGGACUCCUACCCCAGAACUCACAGUAUUCGAUGGAAAUACGUGGUGAGCAACUUCACACAGGUGCUGGCCUGUCUCAUGUACACAUACUACAUCUUCGAGAGAUUCUGCAUCCCAUAUUUCCGGAAGUUCAACAAGGAUCAUGUCACCCCCAAGGCCCUGAUGCUGUCAGCUUUUGGCUGCAUGCUGCCUGGAACUCUGGUGCUGUUUAUUGGUUUCUUUGCCAUCCUGCACUCCUGGUUGAAUGCAUUUGCUGAGAUGCUUCGCUUCGGGGACCGCCUCUUCUACAAGGACUGGUGGAACUCAACCACCUUCUCCAACUACUACCGCACCUGGAACGUCGUCGUACAUGACUGGCUCUACACCUACAUCUACAAGGACUUCUGCAGGUUGUUCGGCCACCAGAACCGAGCUGCAGCAAUGGCCCUGGUGUUCCUCAUCUCCGCCGUCUUCCAUGAAUAUGUCCUCAUCAUCUCCUUCGGCUUCUUCUACCCAGUCCUCUUUGUCAUGUUUGCUGGAGCAGGAUUUGGUUUUAUUUUCCUGACGGACAAGGGGUCAUCUCGGAGCUGGAAUGUGUUUCUGUGGGUAGCGCUGUUCAUUGGCAAUGGUCUGCUGAUGUGUCUGUACAGCAUGGAGUGGUAUGCCAGGAAAAACUGCCCUGUCAACUCAGAUAGUUUCGUCGACUACUUGAUCCCAAGGUCAUGGACGUGCAUGAUAUGAGUAUCGUCCGCACAAGAGGCGCAGCUUCAUCAGCGCAAUGUGUCGACGACAUUCACAUCAUCAUCAACGUGUCCCUCAACGAACCCCCAUCCCAUUGUAAUACAAUAUUGCUCAUUGAUGCCUAUAUUGAUGUUUUGACAAGAUGUCAGACCGUACCUUUGUGAUAGAAACAUUCAUUUCAAUCAAGUCUUUCUUGCCGGAAUCAACAUGUUUGUCUCAGUCAUGUUCAUGUGAUUGUUUUGUCAUUAUCAAUGUGAUUGUAUCAUAACAUCAUAAUUCACUGUGUAAAUACCUUGUCUUAAUUAUUUAUGUCACAGAUUUUAGUUUACAAGAAUUAGGUCAUCAAAAUGUGACAUUUUUUUUCAUUAAUCAUUCAUCAUUAAACACUGGGCACAGGCUGCUCAGUUGUCUUCGGCAAAACAACUGGCUGUGCAGAGAUGUGUCCUUGGUUUCCAGAAACUUAGCGUCGUUGGUUCCAAUCACAGUGCACCGUUUUUGUGUUUCAAAUGUCAGCUCGAUAUCUGUUCUGUGGGUUACACCAACUGGUAAACAAAUAAACCUACUUCACCUC